GUGGUUGCAAAACGUUGCUUAACCGACAUGUAGUCGAAGAAAUUGUGCUAGGCACGACAUGUUUACUAUCGUUAUAUGUCCUUGCUACAACUUCACAGUAUAUAUCUAGUACAACCAUGCUACAACCAAGGACAUUGGAACACAAUGUCCUUGCUACAACGAAGCUUAGGCAGGGUCUAGAUCUAUUUUGUGGUCAUUUGAUUUUUGACAGUUUGUGUCUUUUUGUGGGCCAGAAGAUGCCUGCAGGAUUUUCUGGCUAACAUUUAAGACAUUGUACUUUCACUGCAAGGAAAUGAGAUAUCUCGACCAUGUCAUCAUGGAAAAGAAAGUAUGAGGAGAUAGAUGAAGAUGAUGAUAAAGAGGAGGAGGAUGCAGAGGAGGAUUGGGGAGCAUCUAUGGAUGAUGACUCACAGAAACAUAAUCAGUCUGACAAGAUGUCAAGGAGACUGUCAACAUCUCAGCAUACUUCAGGUGAAGAGGACACCUCUCGUGUGAUUGUCCAUAUUGAUGUGGACUGUUUCUAUGCUCAAGUAGAGAUGAUUAGAGACCCCACCCUACGAGACAAACCACUGGGUAUCCAACAGAAGAACAUUGUGGUGACGUGUAACUACGUUGCUAGGAAGCGUGGUGUGACAAAGCUGAUGUUUAUAAAGCAGGCGAAGGAGCUGUGUCAAGAACUGGUCCUGGUGAAGGGAGAAGACCUGACACACUAUAGAGAGAUGUCCUACAAAAUCACAGAGGCUUUACAGAAGUUCUCCCCACUGGUUGAAAGACUUGGGUUUGAUGAGAACUUUGUGGAUGUGACAGAAACUGUCCAUGGGAGGGUGAAGUCUGCCUCCUCUCCCCAACUGAAUGGCCACAUCUUUCCUGAAAAGAAGAUAGAAGCAGGUGACUUACUAAAAGAUGAGAGACACGUGCGCCUGGCCUGUGGUUCCCAGAUCGCAGCAGAGAUGCGUCAGACCCUCCACUCAGAGCUGGGCAUCACGUGUUGCGCAGGGAUCGCACACAACAAACUGUUGGCCAAGCUGGUGGCAGGACAGCACAAGCCCAACCAGCAGACUACCCUGCUGCCUGAGGGGGUGGGACAACUCAUGGGAACACUCAAAACUGUCAGGAACAUACCAGGUAUAGGUUCCAGCACCUUUAAGAGACUACAGACAUUGGGUAUCAGUGCUGUUCAGGAUCUCCAAGAUGCUCCGGCUAACGUCCUCCAGGCAGAGUUUGGUGCCCAGACUGCCCAGGUCAUGCAGCAGCUGUGUCAUGGGGUGGACCCUUCUCCUGUCAUUCUUACUGGUCCCCCACAGACUAUCAGUGAUGAGGAUUCUUUCAAGAAGUGUGCAUCUCUUCAGAAUGCCAAGGAACGGAUGACAGGGCUUCUGCAAAGUCUGAUGAAAAGACUGAAAGGAGAUGGAAGAAUCCCACAUGUACUCAGAGUUACAGUAAGGAAGUUGUCAGCAACCAACAAAUGGACAAACCGAGAGAGCAGGCAGUGUGCCAUACACUCACAUGUGUUUGGUACUUGGGAUGACAACAAAGAAAAAGAAACCAUCUCCCAGCUGCUGAACCUGUGUGUCGUGUUGUUCUGUAAGAUGGUGGAUGUGAAUCAACCCUUCCACCUCACCCUCAUCAACAUCUGCUUUGCCAAGCUGGAGGCGAGGUCCAAGCAGUUGGCAUCCAUCAAAAACUUCUUCCAGAAUGAGCCCACCUCAACACAGACACUUGAGAAAAGUACUCAUAUGCUUCAACAUCUUGAGGAUGCUCAUAUCCUUAAGAAAGCUUCACAGCAACCACAUUGGGCAAAGUCUUCAAGAUCUUCUAUAGAAUCCUUCUUCAGACCACAGCAGAGAUCCUCUUCAUACUUAGAGUUUGAAAACAAGACCCGGUCCGGUACUCUUGAGGAGACAAGAACUUGUCGACAGAUUACAGCUACUGUAGGAUCAUCAACAUCUGUCCAGUCACUCUUCACAACAAAGGACAGAGAUGUUGAGUAUCAUACCUCAGAAUCUCGUUCUACAGAGAGCUGUUCAAGUUCAACUGACAUCAGAACUUGUAAACAAGGGUUGUCUUUCCAGUUACUUGCUCAGACCCAUGCAGUUUCUUCUGCAUCAGAUACAGAAGCUAGCCCCCUCAGCAGAGUUCAGACUGUACCCUCUGGUAUUGACCCUGAUGUUUUCAGUGAACUCCCACCAGAGAUACAGAGAGAAAUUUGUGCAAACUAUCAGAAAACAGAAGAUACUGACAGAAAUCUUUCUACAAGUCAGUCUGUAGACCAAGAAAGUCAGAACAACGCAGAGACCCCAAAUGUUAGUGACAGCAUGUCACAGACAGUGUACAUAGGAGAAGUUGAAGAAAUGACCUCAGAGGUGGAAAAUACCCACACUUCAAGUUGUACUAAGCCUGCGUCUGUAACAGUUCCUGUUGAAGGCACUGUCCUUCCACCAGACAUAGAUCCUGCAGUGUUUGCUCAGCUUCCAAGGGAAAUGAGAGUUGAACUGCUCAACUCCUGGAGGAGAAACAGUUCAUCAGCAGACAGUACACAAACAGAUAGAAAACCUCAGUCUAGGAAGACAGGAAAGUCGCCAAGUAUUGCAAAAUACUUUAAGAAAAUGAAUAGCUAGCGAUCUUUGUGUAACUUAUUUUGUAAGGUGUUUGUCAGUUAUGAAUUGAGAUAAAAGUUAACUUCCUGUUAAGUAUAUGUAUGUGUAUAAGAUGUUUCACUAUUUUGUAUUUUUCUGUCAAAAGUGAUUUUCAAGUGCAUGAUGCUUAUAUACGGUAAAAAGAGGAACUAAUUACAGUAUGUCCUACUUACUUAAACAGUAGUGCAACAGUACUGUAAAACUGGCAUCAAUGUUCUCAGCUCAAAUAAAGUUAAUAUGAAGAU